AUGGGGACUAUUGCUGCUGCAUAUGACAUUGUUGUUCACUGUAAUGCAAGCAAAAUCAGGAUUCCAAAUGUUGAUCCAAGUGGCUACUCAUACAUUAACUUGUUGUUUGAUGUAACUGAAAAGGCACUGAGCAAGAUAAGUGGGAAUGUUAACAUGAUUAUGCAUAUGAGAUGUGAAAUUCCUGGAAAAAAUUGCACGAUGGAUGUUAAUGAUGAUUAUUCUAAUAAGAAGACAGUGGCUAUAGAUGUUGAUAUCUCAGAUGAUCAGUAUGGAGAUUCUAGCUCUGAUUCUUCAUGGAGAUACAAUCCGUAUAGUGACAAUGAGGAUGAAUUAGUUCUGGAUAGGGUCUCAAAUGAUGAUAGUGAGGAAAGUGAUACUAUUUUUUUUGAUUUUGAAGACAAUGAAAUGGAAAUUGUGGUGCUUGAUUCUGAAAGUGAGGAAGGGGAUAAUUCUAGGAGACAGUUAAUAAGAUCAAAGAUGUGGAUUUACAAUCCUAAAGAUGACAUAGAAUUUGAGAAGGGUCAAUUAUUCACCAAUGUGGAUGCAUUUAGAGCUAUUUUAAAAGAUUAUGUUAUUCAAAAAGGUUUUCCACUUCUGAGAUUGAAAAAUGAGAGAUCGAGAGUGACUGCUAUAUGCAAUGCUGAGGGAUGCCAGUGGAGAAUACAUGCAUCACCAGUGGCUGAUAAUAUAACUUUUCAGAUUAAAAGUUACCAACCACAGCACACUUGUGUGAUGGAUAAACACUGUGUUGAAGCCACUUCUGAUUGGAUGGCCAAGAAGCUGGUUGGUGUCAUGAGAGAUCAUCCUAAUAUGACCAGCAAAGGUGUAGAGGCAGAGUUGAGAAAGUAUGGUGUGAAGCCAAGUAAAAUGCAGAUUUUCAGAGCUAAGAACAAAGCACUUAAUGAAAUAGAAGACACACAUGCUGAAUCUUAUCCUAAACUCCCCUCAUAUGCUGAACUGUUAAGGAACAAUAAUCCCAAUAGCAUUUGUAAAAUACAUUAUGAUAGGCCAAAUCUGUUAAUUGAGCCUAAAUUUCUGAGAAUAUUCAUUAGCUUUAGAGCUCAAAAGCUGGGAUUCCUAGAAGGUUGUAGACCUUUUGUAGGAUUUGAUGGGUGUUUCUUGAAGGGUCCAUUUGGAGGUGUGCUUCUCACAGCAGUUGCUUUGGAUGCAAACAACAGCAUUUUUCCAAUAGCAUUUGUUGUAACUGAAUGCGAGAACAAGGAUACUUGGAGAUGGUUCUUCUACUACUUUCAAGAGUUCUUUGGACCAUUAGACAACAACAUCCCUUUAACUUUCAUGAGUGAUAGGCAGAAGGAACUGAAUCUUGCUUAUGAGGAGAUAUUUCCUAAUGCAACUGGUAGGCAUUGUUAUAGGCAUAUAUGUAGCAAUUUCAAAUCUAAAUUUCCAGGAAUAUUACUUAGAAGUUUCUUUUGGAAGGCAGCAAAAAGUUAUGAUGUUGUUGGCUAUAAUGAAGCAAUGGCAAGUAUUAAAGAUAUUAACAUUGCUGCUUGGAGAUAUUUGGACAAAAUUCCAAGAAGUUCCUGGUGUAGGCAUGUCUUCUCAUCUGAAUUUAAGUGUGAUCAUGUAACAAAUAAUUUCACUGAAUCCUUUAAUAAUUGGGUUGGUGAUCUUAGAGGAAAGCCUAUACUGACAUCAGUGGAUGGUUUGAGGAGAAAGUUCAUGAAAAAGUUGCACAAGAGGUACCAGAAAGGUUGCACUUUGACUGCUAAUAUCACUCCCAGGAUUGCUGAGAAACUCACACAGAUUAGCCAAGCAUCAAGAAAAUGUGAGAUACAUAUGGCUAGUGAAGAUACAUUCGAGAUUGGUGAUGGUGACAGAAGCUACAUAGUUAAUCUCAGCAAAAGAAUCUGUGAUUGUGGUGCUUUUCAGAUAUCUGGAAUUCCAUGUAAACAUGCAGCAUUGGGAAUUAUUUACAGGAGAGAAAAAUUGGAACAUUACUGUGAAACCUGGUUCACGAGGGACAUGUAUUUGAAGGCAUACUCAGAAAUGAUUCAUCCUAUUCCUGAUGUGAAAAGGUGGCCUGUGAUGCCUGAUUUACUCCCAAAAACUGUGUUGCCACCUCCUUUGCGAAGAGCUCCUGGUAGACCAAGAGUAAAUCGAAGAAGGGAAGCUGAUGAGGGAGCUUCCUCUUCACAACCAAAAAGGAGCAGCACUCUCAAGUGUGGCAAUUGUGGAGCUUUUGGUCAUAAUAAGAGGACCUGCAAAGGACAACCUGUGCACAGAACGACUGCAAACAAAACCACAGCUGAACUGAUGACAAAUAGGAGAGGUAGGCCAGGCAGAGGAAUGGCCAGCACAGGCUUAUCAGGAGCUGUACUUUGGGAUUAUGCAGAAGGAGCAGUACCUAUAGUUCACUCCAGUCAAGGGAGCAAUCAUAGUCCUACUGGUCAUAAUGGAGGUGUUAACGUGCAGAAUAAUUGUCAAACUACUGCUGCAGGCUCUAACAGAAAGAGAGGAAGGCCUGCUUCAAACAAUCCUUCUACUUCAACAAUCAGAGGUGCUGGUAGGACCAAAAGUACUAGAAUGUACUCCAAUCCUCAGGUUCCAGUUCAUUCGACUUCUGACAUAGCUGAAAAUGCUACAUCUGUCAGCAUGAAUGCACCACCAAAUAUGAACUCCAAUAGCAUUAGCAGUACCAGCACUUUCAGUAAUUGGUUUUGA